AUGUAAAAUUAAGAUUAAUUAAUAGGUAUUGAAAACUAAGCGUUUGAAGUAUUAGAACGUGAAUUUUAAGAAGUACUUAAUGAUUUAGCUGCUGAUUAAAGUUUGGAUCGUUUUCGUCAAGAAUUCGAAAAAUUUCAUCGUGCUUUAAAAGUUUCUUAAGAAAAUGAAAAGCGUUUACUUGCUAAAUGUCGUGAAUAUACAUAAGAUAUAGGUAAUCAUACAUCUAAUUUGUAAGGUGCUUUAAAAAUGACAUAGGAAGAUAAUACUACAAUAACUCAUUUAAAACAAGAAUUAGAAAAAACAUACAAAAUUCUAGAAUUAUCUAAAGAUAGGGAAGAAAAAAGCAAAUAAAAAGUUGAAAAUUUAUAUUCAGAAAUUUAGCAUUUAAAUCAAUUAAUUGAGAAGGGAUCUGCAAAUGCAACUGGAUAAACUGCAAACGUUCAUGAUAUGUUAAUUGCUUAAGAAGAAUUAUUAAAGGAAUGCACUUAAUUGAAAAAUACUAUUACAGAUGUAGCAGAAGAUAUAAAUUCAUUGAAUGAUAAAAUUAGAAUGGCUGAAAAUGAAAAAGGAUAAAUAUAGAAUGAAUAUAAUAAUAUAUAAUAAUAAAAAUAAGAACUUGAAUUAUUAAUAAGUAAAGACGAUCAGUAGAAAAAACAAAUUUAGUAAGAUUUAGAAAAUAUUAAGAAGGAAUAUGAAAGUUAAAAGAAAAAAUAAAACGAUUAUAUAUCUUAAAAAGGGAUUAAAGAGAAAACUUAAAUUGAUAAUAAGAUUAGUAUAAAGAAAUAAUAAAUAUAAAAUAAUGAUUUGGUCAAUAAAAAAUUAAAAGCUGCAAGAAAAUCAAAAGAAGAACUUAUUGAAAGAUUAGAUAAAGUAACAAAUGAUAUUUUAGAAUAUAAUUCUAAAAUUUAAGAAUUAUUGGAAAACGAAAGAUUAAAAGAUUAAUAAUUAGAAUAUGAAAAUAAUCGAUAUGAAUAAUUAUCAAAUUAGAAAUAUAAAAUUUUAAGCUAAAUAAAAGAAUCUUAAGAUCUUAAAGAAAUUUCUGAAAGAACAAAAGAAGCUUUUUUAUAAGGAAUUAAUAUGUUAGAAAGUGAUAUAUAGGAUUAGAAAAAAAGAGCUUUUGAAGAUCGCAGUUUAUUAGAAGAAUUGAGAAGAAAUAGGGAUAUUUUAUAAAAAGAAAUCGAUAGAGCCGACACUAAUAAUAAGAAAUAGGAAGAAGAGGUUAUUUAAUUAACUAAAACUAUGAAAGAGAAAAUAAAUGAAUUUUCAGGAAUGAAUAAAUAAAUGGAUAAGUUAAACUAUUAAAUAGGAUAGUUAAAAAAAGAGAAAGAAAAAUAUGGGAUAUAAGCGUCUUCAGCUAAUGCAAAAUAUUUUCAUGCUUUGGAAGAAAUAAAACUAAAGGAUAAUUUAAUAUCAGAAUUUUAGAAAAAAAAUAUAGAAACUUAGGCUAAGUUAAAAUAAUAAUAAAACUUAUAUGAAACAGUUAGAUAAGAAAGUAAUUUAUAUUCAAAAAACCUAACAGAAACAUAGGAGGAUUUGGAAGAAAUUAAAAGGAAAUAAAAAACAGUUAAUUAAUAAAUUUCCUAAUUAAAAGAAGAAAUUGACUCCAAAUAAAAAAAUUAUUAUAAGAACAUAUUAAUCAUAAAAAAAAAGAUGAAAUUAGUAAAGAUCAUACUGCUUAAAGUUAAAAAUAUAAAAAAGAAAUCUACGAAAAAGAAUAGAAAAUAAAAGCUUUUUAAUAAGAUAUAGCUAAAUUAAGGUAUAUGAUAUAAGAAAGUGAGUAAUAAAGAUAAAAAUUACAUGAAGAAUAUGAACUUGUAGUUGCAGAAAGAGAUAUUUUAGGUACUUAGUUAAUAAGAAGAAAUACAGAAGCAGCUUUAUUAUAUGAAAAAAUAAAAAUAAAUCAAUCAACUUUAAAAAAAGGAGAAGUUUAAUAUUCAGAAAGGUUAGGUGAUAUUAUUGUUUGGAAGAGUAAAAUUGCUGAUUUGAUUAAUUAAAUAAAAGAAUUUAAAGCUUAGGCGAAUUUAAUAUAAGAUAUGCAGAAGGAAAUACAUAAUCUUUCGAAAGAACUUAUAGAGGAAAAAUUAAAAGUAAAGGCACUUUCUGAAGAAAUUUAAAAUCCUAUGAAUGUGCAUAGAUGGAGAAAACUUGAAGCAACAGAUUCUGAAACAUAUGAAUUAAUGACAAAAUAUAGUCUUUGCAAAAAAGACUUAUAUAAAAAACAGAAGAGGUUAUUUAAAAAGAAGAUGUAGUAAAAAACAAAGAAGGCGAAUUAAAAAAACUAAAGUAAGAAAUGAAAAGAUAACCUGGUGUUGAAGAAGAAUAAAUGAUUCCUGUAUAUUAGGAUUCUUUGAAAUCAAAAACUAAAUAAAUGAGGGCUAUGAAUGGUGAGUUAACUAUGUAUUAGGCUCAUCUGAAUGAAUAUAAAUUAGAAAUUGAUAGAUUAACUAAGGAUUUGUAAGAUACAAAAAAGAAGUUUUAUG